AUGAACUCUGCCGUCGAGUCGCCGCCCGCCUCAUCAAGGAAUGUGGCGCCACAAGGCUCAGAUCAACAAUACUCGUUCAAUGUUACCGGACCGCCGCCGCCGCCAGGACGAGGGCUUGAUUGGAACGACUUGAACUAUCCGAAGGGAGCUAAGCUCUUCCACUACAGGCCACAGGAUGAUCUACCGAUCAACGUCGCCCACAGAUGCAACUUACUGCAUGCGAAUUACCUCGUGGCUGUGGCGGUUCUUCUUGUGAACAUUGUCAACACCAUCAUCACCAUACUAGCAUACAAGGCUCCCUGGAUCAACCUGCUGUACACUUUCCUAAAUUUCAUCAUCUUUGCUUCCGCAGCAUUCACCGUCUUUUACCUCGGAUACUUGGGCAUGGCGAUGCGCUCUAAGAAGCACCUACUGUACUACAAGAUUGCCGCGGGCGUUAUGAUCAUCAUUGGCCUCUACUUCAUGCUAGCCGGAGGAGGUGCCAUCAACGGCUUCUUGAAGGAUCUCACUUACCACGUUAGAGGCUAUUGGUGGUUCGCUGUCAUUCUGGAGAGUUUGAUGUGGUUCGCCUACGUGGCGCUGUCGUGCUACAAUCUCUACCUUAUGAUUAGAUUCUGCCCAGUUAGGUUCGACGAUCUGGGAGUAAAUCCAUGA